AUGGGAUGUGGGGCGUAUAGCACCCAGCGUUCCGAGGAGGUGCAGAUAAGCGCCUUUCUCACAAACCGACAAGUGGACCUGGUCAAGCACAGUUGGGAUCUGGUUAAAGAUGAAAUGGAAGAAACAGGGCUUCGUAUCUACUCUAGGUUUCUCGACAACGAAAAGGAUCUACGUCGCUAUUUCCCUAAAAUCUUACAAAAUAACUCUAAGGAUUUAGAGAAAUGGGAGGUGAAUGAGGCGAUGCUGAAGAACCACGCCUUGAUCGUGAUGGAGGGGCUGGGUGCGGCUGUAGAGAGCAUAGAAGACUCUACCUGCCUUCAUGCCAUACUGCUCAGUGUAGGCGAGAAACAUUACCAGAUGAGGAUCAGGCCCCAGUAUCUCGAGCGCCUCUGGCCAGCUAUUGACUUUGGAUUAAAGGAGGUGUUACAAGAUGUGUACACAAGAGAAGUGAAAGACGCUUGGAAACAGAUAUUCAUGUACAUUAUCACUAAAAUGAAGGAGGGCAUGAGCAGAGCUAGGUUGAUGGAUCGUGAACUAUCUAAAUCUCACAGUGAGGAAUACUCUCACAUCUCAGCGCGAUGA